UGGGCACGGAGAUAUACCAGAGCGAGGUGAACAACACGCUGUUCGUGCACUAUGUGCGCACCGUGGUGCAGCCCAUGAUGUCCCUCCUCAAGUCCUCCAUCAGCGCCCAUGUGAACGUUCAAAUGAAGCUGUCGCGCAACAACCAUCGCGACAAGGGAACUAUGGAGGAAGCCCGUAACCUGCGCGCCACCACGCUCAUUAUCGGCAGCAACGGCCGCUCCUCCCUCUUCUCCUCGAAGCCCAAGGUAUCGGCCUUGGGGCAAUACUGUGCCAAGUACCGUCCGUACGGCAUGGCGGUAUGUGUGAUAGAUAAGGGCGGCAAGCUCGUGCUUUCCAAGGAAGCCGACGCGCCUUCCUCCGUCUCCAACAGCGGCAGCCCCGCCUCGUCCGGCCGAGCCUCCGGCCAGAUCAGCCCCGGCCAGUCCGGCAGAUUCCAACGAGGCGGAGGUUCGGGGCCGGGUACUGGCACGAGCACUCCCAGCAGCAUGGACGGUGGCGGAGGGUUCCCGAGGAGGGGAGGGAGUGUGGCGGGUGGCAUGGGCGGUGGCGGUGGUGGUAGUUUUGGUGGUCGUGGUGGUGGGUCGAUGGGUGGAACGCCGGGGGCGUCUGGUGUGCUUGAGCCCACGUAUAGUGGGACGUUCGGCGAUGGUGGUGCUGAUGGGCCUCCGCAAGCCUUGGACCCGCUCCGCACCUCCCCUGCGCACGCCUUCAACGCCUCCCGCCCGCCCUACGCCUCAGACGCGCGCGCCUCCCCCUCGCGCUCCGCCAUGCCCCCUCCCCCGCUCGACCCCGGCGCCCCCCUGCGCCCCUCAGGGCUGGGCCCGCGCGGAUCCAUGAAUGAGCGCGCCAUGGGGGGAGGGGGAGGCGGAGGGGGGGGAUUCCCCAUGGGCGCCAACGGCAGCGGCACCAUGCUCCCGGUCUAUGGGUCUCAGCCUGGGAUGGGGGGCGGUGCAGGCAUGGGCAGUGCAGGCAUGGGUGCAGGUGCAGGCAUGGGCAGUGCAGGCAUGGGCAGUGCAGGCAUGGGCAGUGCAGGCAUGGGUGCAGGUGCAGGCAUGGGUGGGGGUGGGGCAGUGGGGAUGAGCUCAUCUGGUUCCCCCAGCACCAGUGGAUCCACCAAUCUCCUCCUCUCCGGGCGCCGCUUCCCUCGCGCCGGCUCAUCUGACUCCUCCCCCACCUCCUCCGCCUCCUCCCCCAGCUGGAACCGCCCCGGGGGCGCCCCUGGCGGUGGCACCGCCGGGGGGAGUUUCCAGCAGGGGAAUCUGCAGCAGCAGGGGCAAGGGCAGGGGCAGGGAGGAGGGGGGAUGCAGGGGCAAGUGGGAGCACAGGACGCAGUGGCAGUGGGGCUAGCGGCGGGAUUGCAGGGGGAGGCGCUUGAGGAUUUUGUGGCGUGGAGGCGGGGCAACCCCAUGGCCUCGUACGUGCAGCAGCAGGAGUAUAUUCUGGAUGCCCACAGGCGUAUGGCUGCUGGCGGCGCUGGUGGUAGCUUGCUGAUGGCCAUGCAGCAGCAGCAGCAGCAGCAGCAGUGGAAGGGGCAGGCGCCGCCGGUGCUCACGUCCAUGAAUUCCCUAGGCUCUGGCGUGUCUGGCGAUGAGGCUAGUGACGACCUGCGCAAGGAGCUAGAACGCAUGCGCCUGCGUGCGGCCGAAGCGGAAGCAGCCCAAGCGGAGGCAGAGCUGAGAGCACAGCGCCUGAUGCUGGAAGCGCAGUCGUCCGUGCGGCAAGUGGAGGUGGCGCAGCGGCAGAAGGAGCUCGAAACCGCCGCACGCGUGGAGCAAGCGGCUCUAGAGGCCCUCACGGCGCAGGCUGCAGCGGAGGAGGCGCGGCGCGCUACAGAGGCGGAGCUUCAAAGGAAGGACGCGGCGAGGAAGGAGGCUGCGGCUAAGGUCGCGGAGUUGGAGGUGCAGGCGAAGCGGCGGAAAGAGGCGGAGAUGAGAGUGCUGAAUGGCGCUUCUGGUUCUGGGGGGGGCUCUGCUGGGAGCAGUGGGAGCAAUGGGAAGGGCGGCGGGGGAGGUGGAGCGGGGGGUGCGGGUGCGGGUGCAGGAGUGGGAGGGGAGGGUGUGGAGGGAAAGGAGGGGGAGGGAGAGAGUGAGGAGGGGGCUGUGGUGCAGGAAGGGCCGUUUGUGGAGCACACGUGGGAAGAGAUGAAGGCAUGCACAGAGGGAUUCAGUGAGCAGCGCAAGAUAGGAGAGGGCGGGUUUGGCACAGUGUAUCUGGGCACGCUGCACCACACGGCCGUGGCAGUCAAGGUGCUCAAGAGCCGCGACCACCAAAAGGCAAAGACCGAGUUCCGCCAAGAGGUGGCGGUGCUGAGUCAGAUACAGCACCCGCACGUGGUCAUGUUGCUCGCCUGCUGCUCUUCCCACUUCUGCCUCGUCUACGAGUACAUGGCAGGCGGCAGCCUCGACGAGCGCCUCCGCUGCACCAAGGGCACCGCGCCCCUCCUCUGGCACUCCCGCCUGCGCAUUGCAGCAGAGGUAGCCUCAGCACUCCUCGUCCUCCACAACCGCCCCGUGCCCAUAGUCCACCGGGACCUCAAGCCCGCGAAUAUCCUCUUAGAUAAGAACCUCGUGGCGAAGCUCGCAGACGUGGGUCUCGCCCGGCUCAUGCCCGCCGGAGACGACUCCUCAGGGAACGGCAACGCGGUCAUGCGGACAUACGCGAGGGAAUCCGUCGCCGUCGGGACCUUCGCCUACAUGGACCCGGAGUUCCAACGCACAGGGGAAUACGGCCCGAAGUCCGAUGUCUAUGCACUCGGAAUUGUCCUCCUGGACCUCCUAACCGGCCUCCGUCCGAACGCGUUCGAAGGGCUCGAAGACGCGGUAGACGACGACGACGAGGAGGCUCUCGCAGCUCUCCUGGAUAAAUCCGCGGGCGACUGGCCGGUGCCUCUCGCCAUGGAGCUCGCGAAGAUGGCGCUGAAAUGCUCUGAGAUGCGCAGGCGGAGCCGGCCGGAUCUCGCCAAGGUGGUCAUGCCGGUGCUGGAGAAGGCGAGAGAAGUGGCUGCGCGCGUGGAGGAGGAGAUGGAGGGGAAUGCCUGGCGCACUGCUAACCUGCCCAGCCCGAACAAGGCAGCGAGUUGCUUCUUCUGCCCCUUGACUAAGGAGGUGAUGCAGGAUCCAGUGCUGGCAGCGGACGGGCACACGUACGAGCGGGCAGCGAUCGCCAAGUGGCUGGCGGAGGGCAACAGCACGUCGCCCAUGACGCAUGAGCCCCUUCCCAACACCGACGUCAUGCCCAACCAUGCCAUCCGUGCCAUGAUCACCGAGUGGCGCAACGGCAAGAAGUAA